AAGAACACCCAAAAAACAAAUCCAUCCUUCUCCCUCUCUCUCUUCUCCUUCCUUUCUCUAGUCUCUCUCUCUCUCUCUCUCUGUUUCUCUGCAACUCCUAGGGUCAGUGUUUAGGUUCCUGAGAUGGAGCAGCAGUCGUUGAUCCAUGGUUUUGUUGCUCGAGGAGAUGUGAUCCUUGCUGAAUACUCUGAAGGCAGCAAGGAAAGGCUCGCCUCCAAGAGUGAUACCCACAAGAAGUAUUCCAUCAAUGACAAUGGUUUCACCUUUGGUGUAGUUGCAUUAGAGUCUACUGAGAGAGAAAUUCCUACUGUGUUCCUUGAGAGAGUUAAGGAAGAUUUCAACAAGAGAUAUGGAGGAGGAAAAGCUGUAGCUGCUGUUGCCAACAGCCUUAACAAAGAUUUUGGGCCAAAACUGAAGGAGCACAUGAAGUAUUGUGUGGAUCAUCCUGAGGAAAUCAGCAAGCUUGCUAAAGUAAAAGCUCAGGUUUUAGAAGUUCAGGUAGCGAUCGAAGGAAACAUAGGUCAGCUUACUAACCGUGGUGAGAACAUAAGUAUCCUGGUGGGCAAAGCAGAUGAUCUACGUAGACAGGCCCAAACUUAUGACAAAGUGGCGAAAAAGAUAAGCUGGAAAAUGUGGAUUCAGAAUAUGAAGAUAAAGCUGAUUGUUUUGGUUAUUAUUAUUGCUUUAAUCCUCAUCAUAGUUUUGUCGGUGUGCCAUGGUUUUAAAUGUUGAUGCUGCCCACCUACUACUUCGUUCUUCCUUUUUGGGGAUCUAUUUUGCAUUGGAUACCCCCUCCUUACCUUUCUGC